CCCAUUAUAUCUUUAUCUUGCCAGAUAAAAAGCAGUGCCCAAGAACUGCCCUGUUGCUCAAAGCUUUGCCAGCUAUAAGACAGCCUGGCUUGUGUGGGUACAUUGGAUUUCGAAGUUUUGAGUAACAGCCUGAGCACACGGAGCAAAGUAGUUUAUCUGAAAGGAAUGGAGAAGGUCUCGGAUGCUGCAGCAAAGAUGCUGAGAAGUCUGUAGAGUGUUCCAAAAAGCAGAUAAAAUAACAAACAUGUUACACAACUCUGCAUUUCUGGUUAUUGCUGCUUUGCAUUGGCUCGUAACACACAAACGCAGUGCUGGCAAUGUUGCCAUUGCAGAUGCUUCAAUAAUCCCAGUUGGAGAUCCUAACAUUGCAGUGGGGAAAAUGUCCUCCCAGUCAAGCACGUAUGAAGAAAGGGGGAAGUCAAAGAAGGCCAUAGAUGGUUCACUGGCCAAUAGUUACGCUAAUGGAGACUGCACCCAGACGAAGAAGGAUUUUGAGCCCUGGUGGAUGGUAGAUUUGAAUUCAGCAUUUCAGGUAUCUGCUGUGGUGAUCACAAACAGAGGAGACUGUUGUGAGUCAAGGAUAAAAGGAGCUGAGAUUCUCAUUGGAGAUUCGCCACAGAAGGGAGGCACAAUGAAUCCCAGGUGCGCUACAAUCAACAGCAUGGGGCGUGGGGAAACAAUGUCCUUCACCUGUGCAGGGAUGCAGGGCCAGUAUGUGACCAUUACAAUCCCGGGGAGAUAUGAGUUCCUCUCACUCUGUGAAGUGCAAGUUCUCGCACACCCAUGGCUCCAUGUGGUUCAUGAUGGUGGCCGGAGCCCUGUGAGAGACAGUGAAACUGAUUUAGGUCUGCAGGGCAGAGUUCUGAGUUUCCUUAAUGAAUCAAAGGAGAGUUUUGUUGUCAUAUCUCCACUGCAGCCCCUGAAUGUCAUGGAAUUCACGCUCUGCAUGAGGGUCUCGGUAGAGGAACUGAGCGAUCGCAAAGUCAUUCUCUUCUCCUACCGCUCUCAAAAGGAUGAACUGAGGAUCUUGCGUGAGGCAAAGGGCUGCUUUGGCUUACACAUGGGGGGUCAGAGUGUGAUGUUUGCCCUCCCUGACCUCAGCACUUUGGGAAGUCAUAUGUGUGUCACCUGGGAAGCUGAGUUUGGCCUCACCGCUUUUUGGAUUAAUGGGAAAAGGAGCGUCCGAAAAGUGCACAACGUAGGGCAUAUUGUUCAGUCGGGGGGCACUGCAAUGCUUGGAUGGGAUCAGAGUGCACAAAACACAUCCAAACAGCAGGAACGGCGUUUUGUGGGGGAAAUAACAGAUCUCUACAUGUGGGAUUACGUACUGAAAUCUCAAGACAUUCAAGAUGUGUUCCAGGUCCACCAGUUUCCUAGAGGAAAUAUCUUCGACUGGAAAAUGUUAUCGUACAAGAUUACAGGGAAUGUGCUGGUAUUACCUAAGGACUAAUACCCAAGGAGGAUAUGGGCAUUAUUAAGAUAUGCAGGAGAUCUUUUGUCUUCCUCCUUUGCAAAAGAAUAAAUGAAAAGGGAAGGAGGGAAAGCACCACCUGAGGUGUGGAAGCACAGCUGGUGUCAUUAUUCACAUUGCCCGUAAUUAUUCACAUUGUAGGAUUGUUGACUCUGCCGUAUGAAAAUCCUUUCGUACUGAAAAUUGUUGAAGUAAAUCAUAAAUUUGAAAUAAAACAGCCCUAUGAAUAAUCAAA